AUGGAGAUGAGGGAGGCAGCGCCGAAGGGCCUCAAAAACUGUCUAGGCUGCCCGCUGCUCCGCGCCGCCUCGCCGCCACAUCGCGCGUGUGCGCUGCCACUGCCCGCACCGCUAGGCUGCCGAAGCUUCGCGCCGCCUUGCCGCCGCGUCGCGCGUGUGCGCUGCCACUGCCCGCACCGCCAGGCUGCCGAAGCUCCGCGCCGCCUCGCCGCCUCGCCGCCGCGUCGCGCGUGUGCGUUGCCACGUCGUGCGUGUGCGCUGCCACUCCUGGUGCUGAUCCCGUCGCUUAGACACGCGAAGGCCACUGCUGGGCUGCAAGCCAACCCUCCAUUUCUUGUUCCUCACAUCAGCAAGCGUGCGGCCUCUGACCAUCAGCAUGGCCUAUGGUAUGCUCGGGCAGCUGAUUUCCCGGGCAUAGGGAAAAGGGGCCCCCCACUUACCUUAGCUGCUGCCCGGCUCCUCUAA